UCUCCCUCUUAGUCUCUCUCUGCACAUGAGCCCGCAGACGCGGUUUAGUACUAACAUUAGAGGAGAGUUAUUUCUCUCUCUCUCUCCUUCUAUUUCAUCUUCAUCUUACUCAUCAAAUUCUCAAUUCUGAUUUCGAGUUUACAGUCCUUUGAACAUGGAUGUGAAAAGCAGGGGAAUUUUACUCUUUUUGCUUCUUUCUUCCAUUUUCUCAACCUCUUUCUCAGACACCGAUCAGAUUCUCAACUCCAAGAAGCCAACACCCUCAACCUCUGUUCAUUCCCUUGCUUCCUCUUUCGCUUUUCAGAUUAAAGGAAAUGUUUAUCCAAUUGGGUAUUACACGGUGAGCCUUGCCAUUGGCAAUCCCCCUAAGCUUUAUGAUCUAGACAUUGACACAGGAAGUGAGCUCACUUGGCUUCAGUGUGAUGCACCAUGUAAAGGGUGCACUAUACCUCUGAAUCGACUUUACAAACCUCGCGGCAACGUUGUGAAAUGUGUGGAUCCCUUGUGUGCUGGAAUCCAAUCAGCACUUCCCUGUGCUGUAGCAAAUGAGCAAUGUGACUAUGAGGUUGAUUAUGCAGACCAUGGAUCAUCUCUGGGUGUGUUAGUCCGAGAUUAUAUUCCAGUUAAAUUUACAAAUGGAUCUUUAGCACGCCCUAUUCUGGGCUUCGGGUGUGGAUAUGAUCAAACGCAUCCUGGUCAUAAUCCCCCACCUUCCACAGCAGGUGUUCUUGGCCUUGGAUAUGGCAAAACAAGCAUUGUAUCCCAGCUUCAUUCUCUUGGCCUAAUUCGUAAUGUUGUAGGCCACUGCUUAAGUGGAAGAGGAGGAGGAUUUUUAUUCUUUGGAGAUCAAUUCAUUCCCCAAUCUGGAGUUAUUUGGACACCCAUAUUGCAAAGUUCCUCAUUACAACACUAUAAAACAGGUCCAGCAGACCUGCUUUUCGAUGGAAAACCUACUUCUGUGAAAGGUCUAGAACUUAUCUUCGAUAGUGGGAGCUCCUACACAUACUUCAAUUCCAGAGCUCAUAAAGCUCUUGUUGAUCUGAUAACUAAUGAUAUAAAGGGGAAGCCGUUGACUAGAGCAACUGCUGAUUCAUCUCUCCCAAUUUGUUGGAAGGGUCCAAAGGCUUUCAAAUCUUUACAUGAUGUCACUGGAAAUUUUAAGACACUGGUACUCAGCUUCACAAAAGCAAAGAAUUCGCUGCUGCAAGUACCACCAGAUGCUUAUCUAAUUGUCACUAAACAUGGCAAUGUCUGCUUGGGGAUUCUAGACGGCACUGAAAUAGGACUGGGAAAGAUCAACAUAAUUGGAGAUAUAUCUUUACAAGAUAAGAUUGUGAUUUAUGAUAACGAGAAACAGCAGAUUGGAUGGGCCUCUGCCAAGUGUGAUGGACCUUCCAAGUCAUAAAUCUGUCUCUUGUGAUUUUUUCUUUAGCUGAGACUGUCAACAGGACUUUCUCAUUACGAAAUAUUAGCAAACAGGUGCCCUGCAAAUUAUGAUGUCAUAGAUUGUGAAUGAGUUGUUAGGCAAGGAAUGUUAGAAUACAAAAUGGUUGGGAUAGGAUAUACAAUCCCAUACGUAUGGCACAACAUAAUCUAUACAUAUUUUCAUUUUU